UGUCUUCAGUCACCGCCACUACUGCUCCUUCAGGGUCUACAAAAACCCUACUUUUUGAUCUUCAUCACACUUUCUUCAUACCUACGCUCCCCUCCCUCUUUUCUUAUACUUCUAAUUUUCCAUCCACCUUCAGCUUUUUAGGUCUGCAACUUCCGUCGUGUGAUCAACAUGAGUGAUUCUAAGGUAUUUCUAUUUGGGUCUUUUACAGAAGAUGAAACCAGAUCAUUGUUGCAGAAGCAGUCUUCUACUCCAGUUAAAGAUGAAAAGCCUGUAGAGAAGAGCCCGCUGCAAUUUGGUUCUGUGAAUGCUGUUAGUGCCAGAUCAAGUAACCUCGGAAAUUCAUCAAAAGCACCAACCAGUUCUAAUGUCUCCCAUUCUCAUAAGUGCAAUGGAGUGAAAAUUGUCGGUAAUAGUUUACUUGGAUCAUCAGGUUCUAUCAAGGAGAACAAUGGAGUGAAAAUUGUCGGUAUUAGUUUACAUGGAUCAUCAGAUUCUUUCAAGGAGAAUGGCAGCAUUAUCAAUUGCCCUACUGUCUGUUCGAGUAUCGAUAGUGCAAACGAAGUUAAGGCGGAUAGUGUGUCUUCUGUGCCAUUGCUUGAUGAGGAUGGACCCAUGAACAAGAUUGCAAAUUUGAGCCUGGAUGCUUCUGAGGCUGGAAGCCUGAAUAAUGUAUGGAAAAAUGAUGGUGGCCAUAAUGAUUCUGUAUCGAAAUUAUUUAAUCAAGAUUCCAAGAAGACACCUAAUGGGCAUAUUGUGUCACAAGUUAAAGAUUUACUGCCUCGGGGCCUAAUAAAUUCUGGAAAUCUAUGCUUUCUCAAUGCAACUGUGCAGGCUCUCUUGUCCUGUUCUCCUUUUGUUCAACUUCUGCAAGACUUAAGAACCCGCAACAUUCAGAAGGUUGGCUAUCCCACAUUGACGGCAUUCACUGAAUUUCUAUCUCAAUUUGAUGUGCCAAGCUCAACCAAAUUAAAGAAGAAAGAUACAGAUGCUUUGGAGACUGGAAGGCCAUUCUGCCCAACUAUGUUUGUAGAUGUUCUAAAAAAGUUUUCUCCGGAUUUGCCAAAUGUCAUGUCAGGAAGACCAAGGCAGGAAGAUGCUCAGGAAUUUUUGAGCUUUGUAAUGGAUCAAAUGCAUGGUGAAUUGUUGAAGCUUGAGGGACAGUCUUCAAGUCUUAAUGGUAGCAAAUCAUCUCUAGUUUCUUCUGCUGAAGAUGAUGAAUGGGAAACCGUUGGGCCGAAGAAUAAAUCUGCUGUAACAAGAACUCAGAGCUUUGUUCCAUCAGAAUUGAGUGGAAUUUUCGGAGGACAACUCAGAAGUCUGGUGAGAGCUAAAGGGAAUAGAGCUUCAGCCACUGUUCAACCAUAUCUCUUGCUCCAGCUUGACAUUUAUCCUGAUGCUGUCCACACAAUUGAGGAUGCACUUCACCUGUUUUCUGCUCCAGAAACUGUUGAAGGCUACCGAACUACACUCACUGGAAAGCCUGGCGUUGUGACUGCAAGAAAAUCUGUACACAUUCAGACACUUCCGAAGAUAUUGAUAUUGCACCUGGUACGUUUCGGUUAUGGAAGCCAAGGAAGCACUAAGCUACUUAAGCCUGUUCACUUCCCUCUAGAGCUGGUAUUGGGUCGAGACUUGCUUGUUUCGCCAUCUACUGAGGGUCGAAGAUAUGAAUUAGUUGCCACGAUUACUCACCAUGGAAGGGAGCCUUCAAAGGGGCACUACACUGCCGAUGCCCUAUAUCCUAAUGGUCAGUGGCUAAGAUUUGAUGAUGCAUCUGUUAUUGCCAUUGGAGCAAACAAGGUGCUGCAUGAUCAGGCAUAUGUCCUUUUCUACAAGCAGUUGUGAACCAUGUACACAUAACACAUUGUGAAGGAGAACAUGGGAUGAGAACAAUGAUUGCUGUUCUAUUUGUGACUAAUGUAUUGCAUGGAUAAGAUUUGAGAGUGAUUUUAUUUUUGAGCUGGUUGGUUGGUGUCAUCAGGGAUCAGAUUGCUUCUAUGCUGCCAUGAAUGAAAGAUUAAUUGUUGUAAUAUUCUUUUUUUUUUCUUAUUCUUACUAGAAAGUUUUGUAGUCCUAGUUUAGGACAUGGGCACAUGUAUUUAUAAAAUACUACAUAUUGUAGUCUUGUAAGAAAUUCUGCUUAUUUUUAUACAGUUUCAUUUCAUUU